GUUUGAAAUGAGAUUGGUGAUUAACUCCAGUCCAGGGUGAACCUCCACUCCAUGUUUUCCAUCAUACCGUAGUGAAGUAAAUCAGCAGCGGUUCUUUAAGAAGUUUAGCACCGAGGGAAAGCCUCGAGUCUGGAUAUGAAUGCAGACAGGAUAAGAUCAGGAUGAUGUGGGAAUAUUUCACAGUGCGUCCGCAGGUUUAGAAGCUGAAGGCGAAGCUUUAUUUCAGGACAUGGAGUUUGGACAAGUUAAUCUAAGAUAUAACAGAGCAGCUCUGCUGUUUGUAAUGAUGUUCAAAGUGGGUUUGUUCUGCACAGUGACCGGUGACAAAUGUCUGUCAUCCCCAUGUCAAAACAACGGCACCUGUGUGCCUGAACAUACCGACUACAAGUGUGUCUGUGCAACAUCUCCUCUUAUGUAUGACGGUAAGAACUGUGAGCUUUUAUUUGACCCCUGUAAAAAUGCUGACUGCCUGAACUGUAUCGGCACUGCAGGAACAAAGAACUACACCUGCUUUUGUCCCAAGGGCUUUGAUGGGCCAAACUGCACCCAAAACAUCAAUAAGUGUGAGAGUGACCCAUGCACGGGUAUUAAAAACCAUUGCAUAGAUGGUGCUAAUGGAUAUUCAUGCCACUGUCCAAGUGGAUACGGUGGAGAUAACUGUCAAACUCGAGUACGAGACUGCUCGGAUGAUCCAUGCUUCAAUAACGGCACCUGCGUUUGGGGAUCGGACGGAUACGAGUGCCAGUGUACCCAGGGUUUUAGAGGUCAACACUGCGAAGAAGAUAUUGAUGAGUGUCUGUCACAACCGUGCAGGAACGGUGCCAUCUGUGUGGAUGGUAUUGAUGUGUAUCAGUGUUACUGUGUGCCUGGUUUCCAAGGUUACCACUGUGAAAUUGACAUCAAUGAGUGCGCAUCCCAACCAUGUGAUAACAAUGGGACAUGUGUCAAUAUGAGGGAUCGCUACAUCUGUGAAUGUCUGAAUGGGUUUACAGGAGUGAAUUGUGAAGUUGAGAUCGAUGAAUGUGAAGAGACUCCCUGUCAGAACGGUGCCACCUGUCAUGAUCAUGUUGGUCUGUACACCUGUGAGUGUUUACCUGGAUAUGAAGGCAUUAACUGUGAGCUGGACAUUAAUGAAUGUUACAGCUCACCCUGUCUACAUGAUGGACGAUGUGUGGAUAUGGUGAACAGUUAUGAGUGUGACUGUAGUGGCACUGGAUUCAUUGGGUCUGUUUGUGAAGAAGAUAUACUUGAAUGCGCAUCUGAUCCAUGUCGCCAUGCCUCUACCUGUCAGGAAGGAGUUAACCAAUACACCUGUCUCUGCUGGCCAGGUUUUGAAGGCGAGAACUGUGAGGUUGAUGUGGAUGAAUGUGAACGGCAGCCGUGUGAGAAUGAUGGACAAUGUUUUCAGAGAUCAGACUCCAAUCUCUAUAGAGUUCUGCCUGAACUGGACUCUGACUUCACGUACGAGCACGCGGCGGGCUACCUGUGUCAGUGCCUCGCUGGAUUUACAGGUGAAAACUGCUCAGUUAAUGUGAAUGAAUGCGAGUCCGUGCCGUGUCAAAAUAAAGGCGCGUGUGAAGAUCUCAUCAAUGCGUAUCGGUGUUUAUGUGCUCCGGGGUUCACAGGUGUUGUUUGUGAGAUUAACAUCGAUGAGUGUGAAACAGAACCGUGUCAGAACGGAGCUCGGUGUGAAGAUGCUAUUAAUGGCUACACGUGUUACUGUCCUUCUCCUGCACCUGACCAGCUGCCGUGGGGCGGCCAUGAUUGUAACAUCACACUGACCGGAUGCGUGAAUGACCCCUGCCGAAACGGUGCCACCUGCAUCCCUACGCUGCAUGAAGACGAGCACCGGUACACCUGCACAUGCCCGUCUGGUUUCUAUGGCGACACAUGUGAAAUCCCCACCACUUUCUCCUUAACAGGGACUUAUUUGGUGGUGGACGUUCUGCAGAGUAACAGGAGCCGCAGGCAAGCCGGAAUCCAAGGGCCAAGCGUCCAGCUGAGAUUCAGGACGACUUUGCACGACGUAAUUAUCUUUUACCGGGGAAGCCGAGAGCAUUUUUUUACACUGGAGCUUAGUGGUGGAAAUCUCCUCUCUAGAGCUGAAUCGGGAGACUUAAAUCUUACUGCUCAACUGAAAGGGGAUUUCAGCGAUGGACUUUGGCAUGGCGUCAUGGUCAGUGUGGAUGAGAAACUGAUUUUGAGCCUGAUAGCAGAGAACAAGACGGCUGAGGAUAAAGGUCAUAACCAUCUUCUGUCCUUCCAGCCACACGGUUUGAAGAAAGCGUACAUCGGUGGAGUUCCACAGGAAAACUUAAACAAAACUUUAUCCGGGACAGGAUUCGUUGGCUGUUUAGAGGAUUUGCUGAUGGAUUCUCAGCCGGUUCUUCCGCACAACUUCGAGACAGAGCUUGAUGUUCAAGUAGGCUGUGAGAGGACAGAAUGGUGUCAUCCAGACCCCUGCUCGGAUCGCGGUCGAUGCGUGGACCUUUGGUCAAACUACACGUGUGAAUGCAGAAGGCCGUACUAUGGACACAACUGUUCAGAAGAGCACUCAUCGUGGACAUUCAGUUAUGAGCGUAGAAGAACUUUUGCUGCGUUUCCCAUCACGCAGAAUCACGGAGGUAACAUCACAGUGUCGUUUUGGCUGAAAUCGCGCCAGUUUAACGGCCUGAUCUUUCAACUGAAGCGUCAGAAUCGUGCUUACCUCACAGUUUUAAUAAAGAACGGCUCAGUAUAUAUAGCGAUAUACAGCUCCAUCAGAAAAGCCUCUGACUUCAUAAGCGAUGCGAGGAAAGUCUUUGUGGCUAUUAAUAAAAAACAAGGAUUUAUAUACUUUAAUGAAAGUCUGGUUUUUAGUCCGAGAGAUUUUGUCGAUUUCGAAGUCAAUGCUGGAGAUGUGGCGUAUCUGGGUGGACUUUCUGAAGGUGAGGACACUACACAGUGGGGUGGAUGUUUUAAAGGUUGUCUGCAAGAUGUCCGCAUAGAUGACGUACAGCUCUACAUGUACUCGGGCAGUAUCAGCCAAAAACCCCAACAUCCAAGCUACUUACCAAGAAAUUCAUCGAAUUUAUUGGAGGAUUGCAUUAGCGACCAAAUGUGUAAGAUGAAGCCGUGCCAGAACGGAGGAAAGUGUACCAAUCUCUGGAAUGACUUUAUGUGUGUCUGCCCUUUGAAUUUCUCUGGAAAGGCGUGCGACACUCAUGUGUGGUGUAUUAGUGAUCCGUGCGUCCCUGGGAGUCGAUGUUUAGAUUUACCUGAUGGUUACGAGUGUUUAGCCAAUGCCACGUUUCAUAGCAAUGCUUUGAAGUACAGUGCCACCGGAUCCUUACAUACCUCUGUGACCGCUAUUUCAAUGGAGUUACGAACCCGUGAUGUAAACGGAACGCUGUUACGCGUCUCCAACGGUGUGGAAUUCUUCUGCAUGGGCCUUCUGAAUUCCUCCCUGAUCGUGAAGCUCCGCAACGGUAACAGCGUUGAGACACAAGCUUUUAUCAGUACAAUGUCCGUUUCAGACGGCGAUUGGCACCAGGUCAGACUCUACAUGUCCAACGCAGCAUCUCGAUGGCACCUCAGCAUAGAUGGCAGAGCAGCCGGCGACAGCCUGGCAACAGCUGGCAGCAUGGACUUCUUUAACCACUCCACCCUGUGGUUGGCUGAGAACUACACCGGCUGUUUGGGCGAGGUACGGAUCGGUGAGGUAUAUAUACCGUUAGUCGGAAAUCUUGAGGAGGAACCACCACAAACCUCACGGUUCGUCCGGAUUGGCGAGGUAGCAAAGCCUCAGCUGGGAUGCCACGGUGCACCCUUGUGUCUUUCUGGUGAGCCUUGCCAGAACAACGGCACAUGCAGAGACCUCUUCAAUUUCUUUGAUUGUGAAUGCGCCCCUGGAUGGACGGGGGAUCGGUGCCAAGAUAACAUCGAUGAGUGCGGCCAACAGCCCUGCUUCCAUGGGACCUGUAGGGAUCUGCCGGGGGACUACGAGUGUCUGUGUGCCCCUGGCUACGGUGGCAAGAACUGCCAGGUGGAUGAGGAUGAGUGCCAGGAUCAUCGCUGUGAGAACGGUGCCUCGUGUGUGGAUGCGAUUGGCGGAUAUACCUGUGUUUGUCCACCAGAUCAUACAGGCCCUUUCUGCCAGUGGCGCUUUCCUCCUCAGCAGUGUGAUGUUGAUCUUCAAUGUGAAAAUGAAGGCAUGUGCACUGAAGGAGAUUUAGGGGCAAACUGUACCUGCAAACCAGGUUUUACUGGAGAGAGAUGUGAAGUGGAUAUAGAUGAGUGUGAAUCUGACCCGUGUCUCAACGGUGGCACCUGUCUGAACAGACUGAACUCUUAUUUCUGUGACUGUGUGUCUGACUUCAGUGGAACAAACUGUCAGAAUACUAAACAGCUGCAGGGAGAAGGUGUGCCAUGGUUGGUGGUGGCCGUCCCGCUGCUGUGUCUCGGGGUUCUGCUGGCAGCGGUGACUCUGGUUUGUAUGGUUCUCACCGCCAGAAGGAAACGUCAGUCGGAGGGAACGUACAGCCCGAGCCAACAGGAGGUAGCAGGAGCCAGACUGGAGAUGGGGAACGUGCUUAAAGUUCCUCCAGAGGAGAGACUAAUCUGACAAAUGUAUACACAAACAACAUUUAACAUUGUUGCACUUGUGGCCAUGCCACUUUUAAAUUUAUUAUAAGGUGGCAAAGCCAGCAAGCGUGGGAUUUAUAUGUCGAGGCACGAUGAAGCUACUUGUGUACAAAGGUGAUGGGAGACAAAGUGUGGUACGGUAGCCGGUCUGUAGGAUUACCUCAACUGUGUGAAUUUUGAUGGAACUUUCAGUGUAAUAGCAUUGAAAGCAAUGACCACUUGUGUGUUAAAGGCGGGGUGCAUGAUCUCUUAAAGCCAGUGUUGACAUUUGAAAUCACCUAAACAAACACGCCCCUACCCCAAUAGAAUCUGGACCUUCUUUUGAUAGACCCGCCCCACACAUACCCAACCCAGGCAACGAUUAGGUUAGUAGACACGCGCCUUACUGCUGAUUGGCUACAAGUGUGAUUUGGUAGUCGACCAGACACCUUUUUCCAAAGGGUUUUUCAAAAAUCGUGCACUCCGCCUUUGACUGUUGAUGAUAACUCCAGUGAAAGAAAAUAACUGAGAUUUUAGACAUUUUUUGUGCUUGAGACCAAUGCCACUGAUGGUUCUGUGCCUUUUCUCCAGUGCCAUUCAAAAGAGGUAUCAGGCCAUGCUUUACCUCAGUUUAAGGUCCUUUAGGUUGUGAAUAAAGGUCUAAAUACACUGUAGUAGUUUAAACACUCUGGGGCGGUUUCCCGGACAGGGUUUACAUUAACCCAGGACUAGGCCUUAGGCCCUGUUUACACGAGAACGCUCAAGGGUGAAAACGUAAAAAUAUUUUAUCGGAUGUGCCUUUCGUUUACACGGCGACGGCGUUUUUGGGGCUUAAAAACGCAAAAAAGUGAAACCACCCUCUAGAGUGGAAAUCUUAAAAACGAUCUACCGUCGUGUUCCCGUCUGAAGGGUAAAAAUGCAAAAGUCUGCUCAGGUUGGCUCUCUUCGCGUACGCGUUUACGUCACAGGCAUGCCCCAGUUCAGGAAAAUAACAACAAAAAUGUCGUAAAUAUGUGAUAAAUAUACAAGUCUUUCCAGCAGUUGUAUGAAAUAUUCACAGCUUGUAUUACUCAUCAGAGAAGGUGCUUUAAUUACCUACAUCAAAUUGUUGAUGCGCCAUUUUGUCGGAGGCAAACCAGUCGGCUUUGGACGAGACCUCAGUGCUUCACAUUGCCACCUAGCUGCCUGGAGUACAUACUACAUUGAAUAUCACACACUUUUACGUCACCAUACGCGCGCAGAUUUCUCAGUCAAAACGCUCAUAUAAACACGGAAUAAAAAGUGAUAACGCAACGCCACUUUGGUGUUUUCUUUUCAGAUCGUUUUCGUGUAAACGUAUAGCCUUAGUUAUAUUAGGACAUUUUUUUUGACAAACAUACCUUACAAAAAACUACUGGUGUGCAUCUUGAGACAAAACAAUGGCACCUAUAUAUGUGAAGAUAUGUCAGUACAAGGUUUUUUUUCUUUAAAUGAAGGCAGCUCAAACAUGCAUUUUAGUCUGGGACUAGGAUAAGCCCUGUCUGGAAAACCGCCCCUCCAUAAUGACAACAACAGCACAUUUACACUAAAAGUUAAAAUGUUAUUGUUUGCAAAUAGAUUUGAAGUAUAGACAACACAGAAAUCAACUAAAUGUGUAACAUCUGACUAGUCAAGGUUGACAAUUACCGUAUCUACAUUUUAUUUAGCUACAGUUCAAUCCUUUUUAUUAUUUUCUCAAAGCAACGACAGUACAGCUACAGACUUCAGAUUUUUGUUGUGUUGCUUCUUGUGUUGUUGUUUAGUCGCUCACCACAAGCAGAGCAUUUUCGAGAUGUUGCGUUAUGUUAAAAAUAGUCCAACAUUUAAAAACACACCUGGAGACAUCUGUAUUCUCUUUCUGCUAUGUUUAGUGUUAUGGAGGCUUUGUCUGGUUUUGUGUUGAGCUAUAUGUUGAAAGCAUAGACUGUAAAAAAAGAUGGACGACGCGACGUCGCCUCCCUCCAUUGUAAUGAAUUGAAGCCAAAAAUGUCCGUGGAGCCGCGGUAUCAAACUUCCGCCUAAACGCUCGCGCGACCAAUUAAACCACGCCAAUCUUAACGACACGCCCAGUUUCUAUAGCAUCAAAUAACUAGCUAAAAUGAAAGUUAUCACAAAAAUGAACACUUGAACAUAUAUCAAUGUGAUAACAACUACUUAAAAGGACUAAAACUAUCUUUCGGGAAACUUUUAUUGGAAGUGUAAAUAUUUUUUUUAUUUAGAGCAGAGUCCCAUUUGUUUGAAUGGAGAGGGCGGGGUUAUGACUUGUACUGCAGCCAGCCACCAGGGGGCGAUCAAAGAGCCAGAGGCUUCACUUUUCAAGACUUAUGAGGCACACCCGGUUGAAAGUCUGUGUAAAGUAAGAUAUUAAACUGUUUGAAAGCCCCAUUCGCUUCCACAGUAUUCUUAAUUCCUACUAUAGAAAUGAAUUGGGCUCACAAAUGGUUUGGUUACAAACAUUCCUCAAAACGUCUUCUUUCGUGUUCAUCAGAACAAAGAAAUUUAUACAGGUUUGUAACAAUAAACAAAAAUUAUUUUUUUGAGUGAACUGUCUCUUUAAAAGGGACCCUUCACUUUUUUUGAAAAUAUGCUCAUUUUCCUGCUCCCCUAGAGUUAAACAUUUGAUUUUUACCUUUUGGAAUCCAUUCAGCCGAUCUCCGGGUCUGGCGCUACCACUUUUUAGCACAAUCCAUUAAUUAGCCCAUUAGCAUCGCGCCUAAAAAUAACCAAAGAGUUUCAAUAUUUUUUCUAUUUAAAACUUGACUCUUCUGUAGUUACAUCGUGUACUAAGACCGACAGAAAAUUAAAAGUUGCUACUAGGCAGAUAUGGCUAGGACAAUACUCUCAAACUGGCGCAAUAAUCAAGGACUUUGCUGCCGUAACAUGGCUGCAGGAGGCGCAAUGAUAUUACGCAGCAGCCGAAAAUUGUCCCCGUAGUAUCUUUCAAUACCAGGGGCAGUUUUAAAAAGGAAAAAUAUCACUCUGGAGUGUCCCUUUAAGGCAGGAUUUUCUGUUCUUAAACGUCGGGGUGUGGCCGCUGUCUGCGCUGAAACCACGCCCACUUGCAGGAAAGUUGCCGUCUCUUUAAAAUUUCAAAUACCGCUGCAACCUGAAUUAAUGCACGCAAUUGAUUUAGAGGCGCGGCUAUGCUCCGUGGCGUCAUCUAGCUACCAUUUUAGCCCCGCCCAAAUAAUCCUGAACACAAAAAUGUGGAAAAACUGUUUAACGGUGUAACCCCACAAUCUUUGUGAUGUGUUUCAGCAAUACAUGUCUAACAUUUAUAAUGCGUUUAAAAACAAUUCUUUGAAAUGACUUCACACAGACUUUUCAAACUAUUUCCAAAGCGAAGUUAUUUCUGUUUCAGUGUUUGUGUCUGGUAAAUACAGGCAUGCUUUGAAUGUAUUUUUAAAAACACCAUAGUUUGAAUCAUACUUACUGUGCCUUGCUAAUAUAAUUGAAAAAGUUGUACUUUGUAAAACCCACUUAAAUUAAUUUGAAAACUUUAUAUUCUGCAUAUGGUUGGUUUAGCAGUUAAUAUUUGCUAAAAAAGUAUUGAAAGUAUUAGUAUUUAUUGUAGCACAAAGUAGGUGCUUAAUUUCGAAGUAGUUCAUGUAGACUGUAUCAGUAUUUGAUUUUAACACUGGACUGUUGGAUUUGUAUAUUUUAUAAUUAUGCUGUGAGAUGUAAUGUGUUUUUAUAUUUGUGUUGUUUAUAUUUUUUCUUUCUACAUCAUGAACUAUACUCUUUUUUUAUAUAUAUACUGCCCUGACAUCAUUGAAUGUGUUUGACAAUGCUGUGAAUCAUUAAUCAGAAAACCAGUCAAAUGAAACAGCCAUGAAUUUGGAAAUAAAUUAUUGUGCAGAUGGGUGCACUUUACUAUAAAUUGAUGAAUUAUAAAUGAAGAGUAAAACACAAAGUUUGACUACAGUAUCAUGCAAAUAAUGGGGAAAUCUGCUCACAAUAUUUCAUUUCUUGUAAAGUGAUCAGUUUACUGUAGUUUUG